AGCAAAUUUAAUAAACGGGACAAAGAAUACUGAGGAUUCACUCAGACCCACAAAGCUUAUGAUAAAUAUAUCUUGAGAAAUUUGAAGCUGAUGGUCACGAAUAUAUGAAACCAUGGUAGGAAAAUGCUGGAGAAAAAGGAAUCUCUCUUUUGUUACAAUUAAAGGUAUAUCCAGCCAAUCCUCCAUAUUAUAUUUCCUCUACAUUUUGGGGAUCCUUUCUUUGUCCAUGGUUUUUCAUCUACCUAAGAAGAUCUCUUACUACUACACAUCCACUGGAACCAUAUUCAAUUCUUCCUUGGUAAAAGAAUUUCAAUUCCAGCACACCACGCCUAACUAUAUCUUGUCCACUGAGGCUAUAGAUGCUGGUAUCUGGACAGUGAACUCCAUUGGGCGUCUUGGGAACCAGAUGGGACAAUAUGCCACCCUUUAUGCCUUAGCUAAGAUCAAUGGGUUUCAAGCCUACAUCCAUCCAGAAAUGCAUUCAGCUUUAUCACCAAUCUUCAAAAUCACUUUGCCUGUGAUCUCUGCUGAGGUGUUUAGGAAGAUCCAGUGGAAGAAAGUUUAUUUGCAUGAUUGGAUGUCAGAGGACUAUCGUCACAUCGAAGGAAAAUAUGUCGAAUUGGGGGGCUACCCUUGUUCUUACACCUUUUAUCACCACCUCCGCCAGGAAAUUCUAAAGGAGUUCACUUUCCAUGACCACAUCAAGAAAGAGGCCAAUGACUACCUCCAAAUCUUGCGGGCAGAACGCCAUAAUGUGACGUAUGUUGGAGUGCAUGUCCGAAGAGGGGAUUAUGUGAGGGUAAUGCCCGAAACCUGGAAAGGUGUGGUGGCUGACAAAGGUUACUUGAAGAAAGCCAUGGACUACUUUAGAAAGAAAUACCUCAACCCCAUCUUUGUGGUCACCAGCAAUGGGAUGGAGUGGUGCAGGAAGAACAUUGAUACUUCCAGGGGGGAUGUUUAUUUUGCUGGGGAUGGGAAGGAAAACUAUCCAGGAAAGGACUUUGCUCUCCUUGCUCAUUGCAACCACACAAUCAUGACCAUUGGGACUUUUGGCAUCUGGGCUGCCUAUCUAGUAGGUGGGGAGGCUGUUUAUUUGGCCAAUUAUACCCUCCCAAACUCUCCAUUUCUCAAUGUCUUUAAGCCCUCUGCAGCCUUCUUACCUGAGUGGAUUGGAAUCCCAGCUGAUCUUUCUCCGUUGCUGCCUAAAUCAACUGUACAACCCUAAAAUCCAUAAGAAUCUCCCCUCUCAUAAGUUUGGGUAGAGCAGGCAUGCUCCAUGUCCUUUUCUGGAAUAUUGUCAUCUAAGAGGCUCUAGGAAGCUGCUUUUCCAUGGUGGUCCCUACCCUAUAUAACAACAACAACAACAACAAUAAUAAUACAUCUAACAAUGAAUCCUUAUCUUUCCAGAUGAUGAUGAUGAUGAUGAUGAUGAUGAUGAAAGGGACCGUGGAGGUCUUCUAGUCCAACCUCCUGCUCAGGCAGGAAACCCUAUACCAUUUCAGACAAAUGAUUGUCCAGUCUCUU